UUCAAAACCCUAAUCAGAAAAAAAUCUUCACUCUUCUCUGUUUUUUUUCUUCUGCUUCGAAAACCCUAAACUUCGAGUGGUUGCUACGGUUACCAACAAUGGGGGGAAAGAGGAAGAAGAACGAGGGUUCAGGAAGCGACGAUGGCGAAGAAGGUUCGAUGAAGAAAUCAAUAACGAAGAAAAAGAACAAGGAGGAGUUGCUUCCUUCGAUGAUCAAAAACAAGGAGAAGAGAUCAGAGGUUCAUGCCAAGGCCAAGCGUCAGAAGAAGCUCGAGAAGCGCGCCAAGGCCAACGCUCGUGACGCUGCUCACAAGAGAGCUCUCGAGCUCGGUGAGAAGCCUCCGGAGAAGGAGGUACCUCGUACCAUCGAGAACACCAGGGAAUUCGACGAGACCGUUUGCAGGCCCGAUGACGAAGAGUUAUUUGCCGGAAAUGAUGCUGAUGAAUUUAGUUCGAUUUUAAAACAGCAACAAACUCCCAAGAUAUUAAUCACCACUUGCCGCUUCAAUUCUACAAGGGGACCUGCUUUCAUAUCAGAAUUGCUUUCAUUUAUACCAAAUGCACAUUACUUCAAGAGAGGAACCUAUGAUUUAAAAAAGAUUGUAGAAUAUGCAAGGAACAAGGACUUCACUUCUAUUAUAGUUGUUCACACCAAUCGCAGGGAACCAGAUGCUCUCUUAAUCAUGGGCUUACCUGAUGGACCCACUGCUCAUUUCAAGCUCUCAAAGCUUGUUUUGCGCAAGGAUCUCAAGAAUCAUGGAACUCCAACGAGUCACAAGCCUGAGCUUGUGCUGAAUAACUUCACAACACGUCUAGGGUGUCGAAUUGGAAGAUUGAUACAAUCACUUUUUCCACAAGCUCCAGAAUUUAAAGGUAGACGAGUAGUCACCUUCCACAACCAGAGAGACUUCAUAUUCUUCCGGCAUCAUAGGUACAUUUUUGAAACCAAAGAAAUUAAAAAAACCGAAUCUAAAGGUAAAAAGGACAAGGAUGGCAAGAGUGAGAUUGUUCCUGAACACAAAACAAUUGCCCGUCUUCAGGAAUGUGGCCCUCGUUUCACAUUGAAGUUGAUUAGCCUGCAGCAUGGAACAUUUGACACUAAGGGUGGAGAAUAUGAGUGGGUGCACAAGGGGGAAAUGGACACAAGCCGAAGGAGGUUUUUCCUAUGACUUGUUUGGGAACGUUACGUUUUGGAAGUCGUUUUUGCUGGAAUAGUUUUUAUCUUGAUGAAGAGGGUUGAUUAUCUUUAAGUUGUUGCAAUUUUUCAACUUAUUCUUACAUAAUUCUGGUGUAUUUUCUUUUCCUCUAUUUCUUUUUUUAUUUUGGGGCUAAAGUCCUUUUAUAUCUGUAAAACGGUGAUCAAUUUUGACCUGAAAUCCACUGGUGGUUGGGGGAAGAGGGAACAAAUUUUCAUGUUUCUUAUAAGCAGUAUAUUUUGUUAAAU